AUGGAAGUUCUUGAAAAUGACUGGCUUGAAAAAGAAUUUAAACAUCAACAAAAAUCUCAUAAACAUAAAAAUGGAAUGCAAGGUAUUGUUGUCAAGGAACAAGCGACCAAAAGUCUGCAAAAGAGUUCAGAACAAGAUCGAGAAUUUGAAGAACCCAAACGAAAAAUUCCUCAACACCGUAUUCAAGAACAACAACGCGAAAUUCAAUAUCAGCGAAAACUAGAACAAUGUAAAUUUAAAAAAUAUCUUCGUCAUUUUCAAAAUCAAUUAAUAUUUCAAUAUAAAGAAGAAAAACCGAAUUCAAGCUCGAAAAGGAAUUCGGCGGGCGAAAUUUCUGUCAUCUCUCAAUUUACCAAUACCAUUGUCAAUUAA